GGCGACGCCGGGGGGCGGGGCUCCGCGCCGGGGUGCUUCGGCCCUGGCUGGCAGCGACAGGACCCGGCGGGGAGGAGACGCGGAGCGGAGUGUGGCCGGCGGGGCUGGCGCGACCAUGGCGGACCAGAUCCCCCUGUACCCGGUGCGCAGCGCGGCGGCCGCCGCAGCCAGCCACAGACGCGCGGCCUACUACAGCGCCGCCGGGCCCGGGCCGGGCGCCGACCGGCGCGGCAGGUGCCAGCUGGAGGAUGAGUCUGCCCAUUUGGAUGAAAUGCCACUGAUGAUGUCUGAAGAAGGCUUUGAGAAUGAUGAGAGUGAUUACCACACGUUACCUCGAGCUAGGAUAACUCGGAGAAAAAGGGGACUAGAGUGGUUUGUCUGUGGUGGAUGGAAGUUCCUCUGUACCAGUUGCUGUGAUUGGCUGAUAAACGUCUGCCAAAGAAAGAAAGAACUGAAACCUCGAACAGUAUGGCUUGGAUGUCCAGAGAAGUGUGAAGAAAAGCAUCCUAGGAAUGCUAUAAAAAAUCAGAAAUACAAUGUGUUUACCUUUAUUCCUGGGGUUUUGUAUGAACAAUUCAAGUUUUUCUUGAAUCUCUAUUUUCUGGUCGUGUCCUGUUCACAGUUUGUACCAGCUCUGAAGAUUGGCUACCUCUACACCUACUGGGCUCCUCUGGGCUUUGUCCUGGCUGUUACUAUUGCACGAGAAGCGAUUGAUGAAUUUCGACGUUUUCAGCGAGACAAGGAAAUGAACUCACAGUUAUAUAGCAAACUCACAGUAAGAGGUAAAGUGCAAGUUAAGAGUUCAGACAUACAAGUUGGAGACCUCAUCAUAGUGGAAAAGAACCAAAGAAUUCCAUCAGAUAUGGUAUUUCUUAGAACUUCAGAGAAAGCAGGUUCAUGUUUUAUCCGCACGGACCAGCUAGAUGGUGAGACCGACUGGAAGCUGAAGGUGGCCGUGAGCUGUACACAACGGCUACCCGCCCUAGGGGACCUAUUUUCUAUCAGUGCCUAUGUUUAUGCUCAGAAGCCACAACUGGAUAUUCAUAGUUUUGAAGGAACAUUUACCAGGGAAGACAGUGAUCCUCCCAUUCAUGAAAGUCUCAGUAUAGAAAACACACUGUGGGCAAGCACCAUUGUUGCUUCAGGUACUGUAAUAGGUGUUGUCAUUUAUACUGGAAAAGAGACUCGAAGUGUAAUGAACACAUCCAAUCCAAAAAAUAAGGUUGGUUUGCUGGACCUUGAACUCAAUCAGCUGACAAAGGCCCUAUUUCUGGCUUUAGUUGUUCUUUCUGUUGUUAUGGUAACCUUGCAGGGAUUUGCAGGUCCAUGGUACCGAAACCUUUUUCGGUUCCUCCUUCUGUUUUCCUACAUCAUUCCCAUAAGUCUGCGGGUCAACUUGGACAUGGGCAAAGCAGCGUAUGGAUGGAUGAUCAUGAAAGAUGAGAACAUUCCUGGUACAGUUGUUCGCACCAGCACAAUACCAGAGGAGCUCGGACGCCUGGUGUACUUGCUGACAGACAAAACAGGAACGCUCACUCAGAACGAGAUGGUGUUUAAGCGUCUCCAUCUGGGCACUGUCUCCUACGGAACAGACACUAUGGACGAGAUCCAAAGCCAUGUCUUCAAUUCCUACCUGCAGGUACACUCCCAAGCAAGUGGCCACAACCCAAGUUCUGCUGCACCGAGAAGAAGCCAGUCUUCAACCCCUAAAGUUAAAAAAAGCGUCAGCAGCAGAGUCCAUGAAGCUGUGAAAGCCAUCGCCCUUUGUCACAACGUCACUCCCGUGUACGAGGCUCGGGCAGGAGUCACUGGAGAGACUGAGUUUGCUGAAGCAGACCAAGACUUCAGUGAUGAGAACCGCACGUACCAGGCGUCCAGCCCUGAUGAGGUGGCACUGGUGCGAUGGACGGAGAGUGUCGGGCUCACUCUGGUCAGCAGGGACCUGGCUUCCAUGCAGCUGAAGACCCCCAGUGGCCAGGUCUUGACCUACUGCAUCCUACAGAUGUUCCCCUUCACCUCGGAGAGCAAGCGGAUGGGCAUCAUCGUCAGAGAUGAAUCCACAGCAGAAAUCACAUUCUAUAUGAAAGGUGCAGAUGUCGCAAUGUCCACCAUUGUCCAGUACAAUGACUGGCUUGAAGAGGAGUGUGGAAACAUGGCACGUGAGGGGCUGCGCACCCUUGUGGUGGCAAAGAGGGCCCUGACGGAAGAGCAGUACCAGGACUUCGAAAGCCGAUACAGUCAAGCCAAACUGAGCAUCCAUGACCGGACCCUGAAAGUUGCUGCAGUUGUGGAAAGCCUGGAGAGGGAGAUGGAGCUGUUGUGUCUCACUGGGGUGGAGGACCAGCUGCAGGCUGAUGUGAGGCCCACACUGGAGAUGCUGCGGAAUGCAGGGAUCAAGAUUUGGAUGCUAACAGGUGAUAAGCUGGAGACAGCUACUUGCAUUGCCAAAAGCUCACACUUGGUGUCCAGAACUCAAGACAUUCAUAUUUUCAGGCCAGUAACUAAUCGGGGAGAGGCCCAUUUGGAGCUGAACGCGUUUAGAAGGAAGCAUGAUUGUGCACUGGUCAUAUCUGGGAACUCUCUGGAGGUCUGCCUGAGGUACUACGAGCAUGAACUUGUGGAGCUGGCCUGCCAGUGCCCUGCCGUGGUCUGCUGCCGCUGCUCGCCCACCCAGAAGGCCCACAUCGUGACCCUGUUGCGCCAGCAUACCAAAAAGCGCACCUGUGCCAUCGGUGAUGGCGGAAAUGACGUGAGCAUGAUCCAGGCUGCUGACUGUGGGAUCGGGAUCGAAGGGAAGGAGGGGAAGCAGGCCUCGCUGGCGGCGGACUUCUCCAUCACACAGUUCAGACACAUCGGCAGGCUGCUCAUGGUGCACGGGCGGAACAGCUACAAGCGCUCUGCAGCUCUCGGCCAGUUUGUCAUGCACAGGGGCCUCAUCAUCUCCACCAUGCAGGCCGUGUUUUCUGCAGUCUUCUACUUUGCGUCUGUCCCUCUAUACCAGGGGUUCCUUAUGGUCGGGUAUGCCACUAUCUAUACCAUGUUCCCAGUGUUCUCCUUGGUGCUGGACCAAGACGUGAAGCCAGAAAUGGCGAUUCUCUACCCAGAGCUGUACAAGGACCUCACCAAGGGGAGAUCCCUUUCCUUCAAGACCUUCCUCAUAUGGGUUUUGAUCAGUAUUUACCAAGGCGGCAUCCUCAUGUACGGGGCCCUGGUGCUCUUCGAGGCAGAGUUCGUCCAUGUUGUGGCCAUCUCCUUCACAGCGCUGAUCCUGACUGAGCUGCUCAUGGUGGCUCUGACCAUCAGGACGUGGCACUGGCUCAUGGUUGUGGCCGAGUUCCUCAGUCUGGGCUGCUAUGUUGCCUCACUUGCUUUUCUAAAUGAGUAUUUUGGUAUAGGCAGAGUAUCUUUUGGCGCUUUCUUAGAUGUUGCCUUCAUCACAACCGUGACCUUCCUGUGGAAAGUGUCAGCCAUCACUGUGGUCAGCUGCCUUCCACUCUACGUGCUCAAGUACUUGAAGCGAAAGCUGUCCCCUCCCAGCUACUCCAAGCUGUCCUCCUGAGUAUGCCCUGAGGCCAGGUAGAGACACUCCUGCGCUGGGCAGCAUGAGGGACUGGCGCUGCUGG